AAGAACACGCAAAAUGACUUGCCAAGGCUUGAUCAACAGAAGUCCGGGAGUGAGGAGAGAUCAGGAUACAGCUCAUGCAUUGAAUGUCGGAAACAAAGUAAAGUCAAGUUAAAGAGAGAAAGAGAGGUCAAGUAAAAAAUGCAGACCAAAAGGAAAGAACUCGAAUCGGAAUGGUUUCUAUAUGUAAUAGGACACAUUAUGUUCACAUCAGUAUUUCUGGCUUCAACAUCAGGGAGAGGCCUCGAGGGACUGCCAAAGCCCAAGAAUGUGUACGUAAAUUCGACCAACAUGAGGCACGUCCUGAGGUGGAGUCCAGUCAGAGUCCCUCUGGGUGAGGUCAGGUACUCAGUGCAGUUCCAAGGAGAGUUUGAGCGAAACCACAGGAAAACCUGGGUGGCAAUCACGGAAUGUUCCAGCAUCAGGGAAACAUGGUGUGAUAUCACAGCAGACAUAUCGUCAGAUGUUGACUAUGAUCUGAAGGUUCGGGCAGAGCUUGGGAACGCCACUUCCAAGUGGGAAUAUCUCAGUAAGCUCUUCAAUCGGAGAGAGACCAUUCUGACAAUACCAAUGUUGACUGUUGAAGUGAGUGGUGUCUUGAUUACACUGGAUGUCAGUGAAGUAAAGGAGAACAUCAAUGCUUAUAUAUGUUACUGGGAGAAAGGAGUGCAGCAGCAGCUCAUGAGUGUUUUUAUGGACCAAAAUCAGAGACCUUACUAUCUCCGCGUGCAGAAGAGAGUCACAUACUGUUUCCAAGCACAGCUCUGUAUCUUAGAGUACAACAAGUCCAGUUCCUUCAGCGACAUUAUCUGUGAGGCAGUCAGUGGCGAUAACACAUCCAGUGGAAGACUGGUGAUAGUCACCACUGUGUUACUUCUUGGAGUGUGUUUUCCAGUGGCUGCACUGUUCUGCAUAGUGAAGUUCUGCUGUCGGCCUCGGCAUGUAUGUUUACCGAAAGUUUCAGUCCCUCACGUCCCAAAUUUGGAAAACCUUCAAGCAGUUGUCCUGAAAGCAGAAGACUACAGCCAGGAAUCAUGUGCUUCUGUUGAGGUCUGGCAUCAUUCAGAGGCAUUGAUUGCUGAACAUCAAGAACUGACUGCACAGGAGAAGAUAAAUGACAACGUGGACAUGGACAUGGACAUCUGGUUAAUGAACUCUGUUUCAUACGGGAACAUUUCCCAAUCCCAAUGGUCAAUGCAGAGAGGAUAUCAGUCUCAAAUGAAUUUGGAGCAUGAGAAAAUUACACCGCCGAUGUUAGCAGAGUCUUACGUAAGAUGAUGAACAGAUUUCAGGAUGCUCAAUUGGUUGGAAGAAUUAGAGCACUCUAUCCAGUUUCUAAUGCGAAUUGUCCUAAUUCAGUGUUACAUGCAAUAAGUUGCCACAGGAAAUCUGGCGAUGAGAGACACGAGAACUGUUCCAGAAAUGAUUCUUGCUCUCAUAAAUCAACAAAAUGAUUCAUUUUCUUGCAUGUAAUUCACUUACUAUUUUAAAAAAGGAUAGAAAUCACCUUUAUUUCACAACGGAACAAUAUUUGUGCCCAGCACAAUGCCAGAUUGCCAAACCUAUUCCAUUUACAUGUGAUCCCUCGCACAUCAUUCCCUGCAUACUUAUAUAUCUAUCUCCAAAGCCCUUUAAACAUCACUAUCAUGUUCAGCUCCACCACUACUCUUGUCAAACUACCACUUUCGGUGGAAAAGAACUUGCCCUACAUACAGUAUCUCCUUUAAACAUUCCCCCUCUCACUUUAAAUGAAUGUCCUCUAGUAUUUGGUAUUUCUAUCCUGGGAAAUUGACGUUGACUGUCUACCCCUGCAUAUGCUCCUCAGAAUUUUAUAAGCUCCUCCCAUUAGCCUCCAGGUAAACACCCUGAUAUUCACACAAAGGAUUAGGUUAGUGAUUGUGUUCUUAUCAUGGGAUUCUUAUGACCUCAUUGACAUAUGUAUAGCCACAGGUUUCCUAAAGUCCUGGAGGCUUCCUAUUCCUGCGCCUGAUCCAUGACAUGGAAAUGUCUGAAAGUGUCCAUCAGGUCACAAGGCCAUGGCCCUAGACUGUGCUAAAGGUCUUUUCCAGUGUGUGUCACCAUCUCCAUUGUAAUUGACUACUUCAUUAACUGUAGACACAUGCAAACUGAUGAACUACAUAUAGAUAAUUUAAAAAAAGGAUCUAAAAUUAUUUAAAAAUAAAGUUACUUUCAUUUCAUUGUUAUUCAUUAAAACAUGUAAAUUAAUAUGAAAAAAGAACAAUUAAGUUUCACUGCAAAGUCACUGUAGAUAUCAGCCAGGUCUUUAAUCUCUGACCAAAAUGAAGGUUUGGUCUGGACAUACUGAGGUUCACCAGAGUCAAAUGCCAAACCAUCAGGAUUUCCAAAUAGUCAGAUGACAGAUGAUCAGAGUUUUGGCUGCUUUUCCUCCUUUGCUUCUCAACCUUAUUUUCCAGCUUCUUUGAAGACAUAUGGGAAGUAUCUCAGUGUAAAUUACAAGUUGCUAUUGUGCAUUUUAAAAUGAGACAUGUUGUCAUCUAUCUAUUCUGAAGUACUGUGUUGACCAUGACUUUAAACAGAUAAUUAAUGGGGUAGAUAUUCUACUGCCCUGUGAUCACCACCCACCUCCUCCCAUCUGUCCAUAGCUGCCAAUUUUCUAUUAUUAUUUAUCAAUAAUUAUUUACUAUUUUAGACCCUCUGACUAUAUGGCAUGAAGCCAAUGGAGUUGGGGUGACUUUCCUGAUCCUAUUUGCUCACUGGCAAAUCUUGUUUCCAUACAGACCUUGCAAAUAGCUUUCACAAAGCUCUUCAUAUUUACUUUCGUGUUUUGUUAAUUAUUACAAUUGAAUAAAAAUUCAGAAGGUCACUCUGACUUUUUAGAAGAUCAAUAUUGCAGCAGAAGC